GAGAAAAAGGAAACAAAGAAAUAAACAAUGUGCAGCAGUUGCCAACGGGAUAUCACGGUCGACCUGUGCUGCGGUGCAUGGGCUGCGUUUUCUUGCUCAUGCCAAAUGGACAUUGAAUUUGUAGAGAUUGGACAUUCUUAAUUACUGAUGAGAUGGGGCAUCGCUUGUUUGCAACCGGCAUAUAUUCCGUCCUUAAUUGUGAUAUAUUACGUAAUCAACACAGUAUAAUCUCAUGCUAUAUACGGAUAAUAAAUGGGGCACAAUCAGCGCAUCAGCCGUAGAGAUCCCCUAUCAAUCAGGGUCUACAAAUAACCGGUGGCAUACAGCUUCGUUUCACAAAAUCACAAUCCUAACCCAAAAAAAUUGCAAAGAAGAACUGAGAAAAUACACCGGCAGAGGAGAAAAUGGACGCCAAGCUGAAGAUCUUGGCAGUGCUGAUGCUCUUCUGCCUUUGCAAGGGAGGUGAUGCUUCCGAGCAGUGCGGCCUGUCGGAUCUCAAGGUGAACCAGACCGCCGUGGGAAAUCAGGUAGGAGGGCUCCAGGAGUACUCCGUGCAAGUGGAGAACAAGUGCAUCUGCACGCAGACCAACGUGAAGCUGCUGUGUCCCGGGUUCAACUCCUCCAUCCCCGUCGACCCCAGCGUCAUCAGCCUCGACCCCGACGGCAAGUUCUGCACCCUCGUCAAUGGCGGCGCCGUGAGGAGGGACGACGUGGUCAAGUUCAACUAUGCGUGGAGCAUCGAGUUCAGCUUCUUGCCCGUCUCCUCUGGCAUAGCCUGUUCGUGAUUUACGUACGUGCGUGCGGCCUUGAUUCGGACGGGUUUGUAGUCAUCAAGUCAUGAAUAAGUUCUCAUUCUUGGGAAAGUACGUUACACGUUGAGUAUAGGAUAUCUCUUGCGGAUUCUCAAAAAGUAUGGAAGAAGUGCUAUGCUUUUGUUUUCGAUUUGGGGGAAAACGUCGAAAAAGUACAAGAUUGUGGUUUUGAGUUUUAUGAUUUGAUACCUAACCUUCAAAAAAUACAAGAUUGUAUAAUGAAAGAAACCAGAUCUUAAAGAUUUUGAAGAAUUA